AUGUCUAAGAGCUGUGUGAUUUGCGGCACCGAGGAGAGCGAAGGCGAACUACUUCUCGAAGCACCCUGCGGCCGCCAUCUGGUCUGCGCCGACGACAUCGGUAGCUUUUUCGAGAAUGCGACAAAUAACGAGAGCCUGUAUCCGCCACAGUGCUGCGAUGUUAUGUUUGUGUUAGACGACUACGAGGACUACGUGCCGUUUGAGGUGGCUUGGGCGUACCAGGUGAAACAACAGGGCGAGUAUACAAUCCUGGCAAAAUUCCGAACAUACUGCGCAAACCCAUCUUGCGCGAGAUUUCUACCCCCCGGAACCCACGUCGAAGACCCCGAGUCGAAGAUCAUAUACGCUAUCUGUGAGGCCGAAGAGUGCGGAAAGUUGACUUGUGUCAAGUGCCAGACGGCGCUCGACCAAGGGGCCCGGAAUCACAAGUGCGAACAGAGCGAAGACGACAAGAAGUUUAAGCAGACAGCGAACGAAAAGGGCUAUCAAGAGUGCUUCGUCUGUGGCGCAACCGUAGAGUUAGCCGAGGCGUGCAACCACAUUACGUGCGAAUGCGGCAACUCAUUCUGCUACAUUUGCGGCGAGAACUGGCCUGGACUGCACGGCUGCCCGCAUUACGGACCCGCGGAGUACGACGAGGAAGGAUACAACCAGGAUGGAUUCCAUCGCGACUCUGGUCUAAGCCGUGAGGGUCUCACUCGUCGUCAAGAAAUUAUGCGUGCCCGUGCAGAGGACGAAGCGCAGGGCGACGACGAUGACGACGAAGACGAAGACGAAGGUAACGAGCACAAUAAUCCCGAAUGGGAAGUCCUGCAACAUCUGACUCCCGAUCAACGCGCUGUUGUCAAUAUGCUUCCUCAUGGGCCCCGCGAAGACGCUUUGGACCAGCAUCGCAUCGAGUUGUUCGAAAACCAAGGUAUUACGUUCGAUCAGUUCCAUCCUCAGCCUCCGCCUCCGCCUCCACACCCGCAAGAUAAUGGUGAGGAUGGUGAUGAGGAGGGGGAAAAUAACGGUGAAGACGAUGAGGAGCCCGACGACGACGAGGACAUAGACGCAGGACAUGGACCCGCCUUCGAUGGCUUGCCAGCUGAAGCAGCAGUUCAUGACGCAAGGUUCGUUCUCGAUGCAAACGAAGAAAUGCCGAUCACCCAUGAUAUACCAAACGACGAGGACCCCCAAGAAGUACCAGGGGAAUUUCCCGCGGACCAAAAUGAAUUCUACGACUUCGCCGGCUCAAACAUCCAAGUCGUCCCGGCCGGCGGAGAAGCCACUUACCAUGAUAUCCCCGCCACAACUACCCAGCCUCCCACUUCCCACAACGACGUCAACGACGACGCACCCGUAGCUUAGCAGUGCUACAUCGUCGUUGCUCGCGACUUCGCCACAGGAACAACAGCCCACGUCAUACUACGAAUAACCUGAACAGGUCUGCAGACUACACUGAGUUGUAGUUGGGCAAAGUAGAAGACCCAAGGUCAAUGUAGGCUCCAGGGUGUUCAAUUUUUCCUUGUAUGAAGUGAAGGCAUCGCUGUUUCUGGGUUCGAUGUUGUGCGUCCGUGCGCGACCAGGCCGGCUGUGGGAUAGUGUUGGAUCGUAGGGAUAGUCCUGGAGUGAGAGGUGCUAGAUGGCGUUGUCUUCCAAUCGUGAUAUUUCCAGAAGUAAAUGAGGUGAAUGCCAAAGU